CCUGCAUUCACACCAACAUCACCCUCUACGCCAUCGCUCCCUCGAAGUGCCCCAUCGUUGUUACCCCCUUUUCUGCUGGCUAGAACUGACGCGCGCAUUCCGUUUGGUCGCCCCGUGGGUCGGCCUGUCGACAAACGCAGCUUCCCGUGGGAACAACAGAGUCUGGAAGUCGGAUCAGAACAAACGCAACCAUGAGCAAUCCAGGCCAACAAUCCCAAGGCCCACAGGGCACGCCGCAGCAGAAUCCGCAACUCCUGAAACCAGAGGAUGUAUUAAAGCUCACCUGCCUGAACGACGAGCAGAAGACCAAGUACAGGCCUGCCGUCGCCAGCCUGUGGGCCAUGAUACAGGGCAAGCCGAAAGACUCGCCAGAACGCAUAUCCGCCCACACCAAGCUCGCCGAGUGGUCGCAGAAGCUGAUCGGUCAGGAGCGACUCCAACGACAGAAGGUCGCCGCAGCCCAGGCGGCAAACAGGCCCCAGAGCCAGCCAAACCAGCCCGGACAGCAGCCUCCGCAAGGCCAGACGAUGAAUCAACCCCGACCGCAGAUACAGAACACCCCAUCGCAGCCAGCGCAAGGCGGCCAGCAACGGCCACAGGUGGAUCCUGGCAUCUUGAAGCAUGUCCAGGACUUUCCCUACCACCUGCCCCCUGGCGGGCCUCUCCUGGGCACACCUGAGGGCGAUGCGAAGGUGAAGGAGUUUAAGAAUAACUACAUUGUGGCGUUGACCAGGCAGGAAAAGGCGAAGACGGCGAGUGCACGUAUUAUACAGGCAAUGGAGGACCGGAGGAAGAGCGGGCAGGAUGUAUCGCCAGAGCUGAUUCAACGAAAGGCGGCCGCGGAGCAAGAGUACAACUCGGGAAAGCAGUUCAUAGAUGAGUUUCGCAAAAAGCAAAGCCUGUGGAAGCAGCAGACAGAGCAGCAGCAGCAGCAGCAGCAGCAGCAACGGGCCCAGCAGACGCAGCAGCAGCAACAGCAGUCGCAUAACCAACAGAGCUUCCCUCAAGUGAAGAGCGAAGCGCCCAUCAAGACGGAGGGAGGCAACACAGCUCCAGGCGGACAGCAAUUCACCAACAUGCAAAUGGGCGGUCAACCGGGCACGCAGCAACCAAACUCGCAGGGGCCAGCACACAAUCCGAACGCCGCUCGAAACUCAAUGUCUUCAGGACCACAGCAACCCGGUCAGCUUCCUUUCACUCCCCAGUCUGCACAGGGACAAAAUCCGUCGGGCCAGAUGAAUCAGCAGCACAACAACAUAAACGCACAGCGCCCACAGAUCAACCCCGCGCAAGCCAACGCCCAUGCACAACAGCAGCAGCAGCAAAACUCACCUCACCCACAGUCCGCAACCGGUAACAACCUCACUGGCCCGCCUGUCCCUCUCUCUCACCGAGACGCGGUCGGCCUCGCCCAGCGCUCUUACUCACAAGGUGACGCCAACCGCAAUUCCACGCCGCAGCAGAUGCCGACUAGCGCAGGAGGUUAUCACAGCAUCCCGAAUCGCGACCAGAUGAACAACACCAAGAUGCCCAUCCCCAAAACGCUCAACGUAGCGCAGCCGCAACCCGUCUCCAUGGGCCCCGCCAGACCUACUAUGGGCGGACCCGGCAACGGCGCGCCGGGUAUGAUGGGCCAGCCCGUCAUGCAGAAGAUGCCGACAUUCCAACUUGAGGGUGAAGGUGAUCGCGUGCUCAGCAAGCGCAAGUUGGACGAGCUCGUGCGGCAGGUCACUGGUGGUGGUGAAGGGCCGGGCGGGGAGUCACUAACUCCCGAAGUUGAAGAGGCAAUGCUCCAACUUGCGGACGACUUUGUCGACUCGGUCAUCAGCUCAGCGUGCAAGCUCAGCAAGCUGCGCGAGUCGCCACAGCUGGACAUCCGCGACCUCCAGCUUAUCCUCGAACGCAACUACAACAUCCGCAUUCCUGGCUACGCGUCCGACGAGAUCCGCACCGUGAAGAAGCUGCACCCAGCACAGGGAUGGACGGCGAAGAUGAACGCCGUUCAGGCAGCUAAAGUCAUGGGUGGGAAAACUGACAUCUAGUACUUGAUUUACGGUUUUCCCAAAUGUGUACUGACUUUUCACUUUGUCGUAGUGGCUGAUCAACGCGCCAAAGAAGAACG